AUGAAGCAGAUUGGCGUUGAGAUUGACAAAGGACACAUCACGUCCGCGAUCCGUGCUUGCUGGGAGGCCAAAGGAGCAGCCCACAACGCAGCUGCCUAUUUGUUCCAGCUGUUGUUGGAUCUCGAACUCCAACCAGACAUUGCAAUUUUCACGUGCCUAGUGGGAGCUUACAGAACGGCUCCAGUUGAAAAGGUCGUGGGCGCAUACAAAGACAUGCAGAGCAUGAAUAUUAAAGCAGACUUUGCGUUUGCCGAGAUCUACUUGGGCACGCUACUUUUGAAACCCAAAGUGCAGAAGUUCAAUCAGAAGGAGAUGACAGACUGGGUGCGGGCGGUACCGGCACCACGAAUUGCUGCGGCAAAAGCCGCACUUAAGGACUUCGAGCGUGAAAGCCUUAAGCUGACAUCUUUGAGCAAAGCAUUUGCAAAGGCAUUGCAGCAGAUGUGA